AUGAGACCACCGAGAAGAGUUGUGAGAGAUUGGCCCAGGAUGAUAGCGGCUGCGCGGGCAGACAGUGUAGAUGCCUUGAAUGAUCAGCCGGGUAGAAGGACUGAGCACUCCAGAAAUUUUAUAGUGACAAAGUGGUCAGCAUGUGCCACUCGAGAAGUUUUGCCAAGAGAACCGGCGGAACAUUACAGUCCCUUAUUCCCUACAACCUCUGAGGAGACAGAGGAGGAUCCGGAAGAAGAUCCAAUGGCGGAGUCACCUGCUCAUGUUCCCAAGCCAGUUUCAGAGCCGGAAGAGGACCCAGAAGAAUACCCGAUGGAAGAGUCGCCUGCUCGUAAUCUCGAACCAACUCAAGUACCCGCCGGUAUACUGAACUCGCCCGUGCUUAUCGAGAUAUUAUCGGACAAUGAAGGGAGCGAAGGUCCCAUUCUGGUGGAAUCCCCGAUUCGAAUGCCAAGGUUGUAUGGGCACGAUCCGAUAGUGCAAGAGCAGACUCGAUCUCUACAACAGAGCCUAACCAGGCAAGCUCAUGAAGUCCCAGUGGAUCCGGUCCAUUGUUGGAACUCGUACUGGAGUUCUUACCUGAACUUAGACAUAUCGGCAGCUGAGGAGUCACAUAAUGCACCUGUGGUAAAUUAUUAG